AUGGUUAUAUUUGAGGACUUUUUGGUUUACUUCAGCCUUCCUGCCGCGGUCAAACUGGCUCUUGAUGACUACUGCAAAGCUAACAGCGUGGCAGUUAUUGCCUUCUUUCAAAAGGCCCACACCUUGAAAGGCAUUCCUGGCAAUGACGACUUUGCUGAGGUAGAUCCCUCUUAUCCGCUGCUACUUCGCCGUUUCGCACCAUCGUCAUCACCGAAAGGCUUCUUUUUGUCACGGGAAAGCGACGUACUAUACGUUGCGCGCGGAGGUCAGGCAGAUGAAAGAGAUCUGAUGGAUCAGCUACCGCCAUGUCGCGAUUGGCAGCGCAAUUAUUCGAGGUGCUUCCCGUUGCGUCGUGACGGAUAUCCUCAAUUGCUCUCCGACGUUACCGCCUCCGUGCGGCAUUUUGUUCACCUCCUUCCCGACUUCAUCUCCGUUCUAAAUCGGAGUUGUGUCAGCGAGGAAUCUAUCCGGGAGGAGUAUCAGAAGUGGAGACGGUCCUGGGCUGCUCUUGUUCCUCGCAAUUCUGGUGAUGCUGACGCCUUCCAGACCGUGGCUUUCACACAAGUACCCCUGGGGCAAGGCACGCAGCUGGAACGACGAAGUUGUGCUUUCACAGAAUGCAGCAUAAACGGAACUGUUGGAUGUGAUAGUGAAGCGAUUUACCAGAGUCUGGUGCUAAAAGAUAUGGGAAAAUUUGAUGGCAUUGAAAGGCUCCUCUUUGCCUACAGGCCCUUACAACAUUGGUCCACCUCACUCCUGCUUAACGAUGCCAUCCAUCACUUUUUUGAAGACUCUGCCGUACUUGAGUACGAUCUCGGUCUUCUGCGGUACGUUCACAUUGACAUCGACGACGUGUUUGUGGCGUCACGUGGGGAUCGAAUGACUCCUGCGGACGUUGAGAACCUUGUUGAGACGCAGAAUCGGUGGCGUCGUCACUUCAUGCCCGGUUUCACAUUCCAUAUGGGAUUUUCGGGAAUGUUCUUUUUGCUCGGCAAUCCCCAAGAGCAGCUUGGUGACGAGGCUCUCAUUCGUGAGUUUCCAAAGUCCCCCACAGUGAUGGAGGCAUUUGACUGCAAGAUUGGACAGUAUCGACAUCAAUUCAAGUGGUUUUGCCAUACCUAUUCGCAUUUACAACCGCAUCUACUCUCGCCAUCAGAAUUGCUCCAACAGUUUAAAUUGAAUAAACAGUUUGCUGAGGAGAAGGACCUACCAAUAGUAGAUGGUUAUGCCGUGGCUCCCCAUCAUUCUGGUGUGUAUCCAGUCAUUCCGCACCUCUACACUGCUUGGAAGGAGGUGUGGAACAUAAAUGUCACCACUACAGAGGGCUAUCCUAAACUCUUUCCACCACACUCACGUCGCGGCUUCCACUACCAAGGAGUUCAGGUGCUGCCAAGACAGGUGUGUGGAGUGUACACCUCCACAAUGCUGCUCAACAGCUAUCCCGGUGGCGUCGAAAGAUUGGAUGGAAUGGCCUUUGGUGGGGACCUCUUCGACACCUUACUUUUUAGACCUGUAAAUUUGUACAUGACGCACUAUGGUAAUUACGCACAAGACCGCCUGGCACUAUAUGUCUUUGAGAGAGUCUUCGCAUUUCUGCGUGGAUGGACCCGACUGAAGGUUCAAUGGGCGCCGAUUUGGCGUCUAAUGGAGUACCACUUGGCAUUUAACCCAACGGAGCGAGCAAGUGCGCCUACUUCCAUGCCAGUGCAUUCGGAUCCCUGCGUGAACCCAAGGCACGAGGCAAUUUGGUUCCCAGCCGCCUGCAUCUCCAGUGAAAGGCGCCUCCCCGCAGCUAUCAUUGUGGGACCGCAGAAGACUGGCACGACCGCGUUGCUGGCUUUCAUGGCUAUGCACCCAAAUCUGCAGCCUAAUCGCUUUCUUUCACACUCGCCCUAUGAGGAGGUGCAGUUCUUUAGCAACUCCACUAUCUACAGCAAGGGUGUCGCCUUCUACAACGACCAAUUUUAUAGUCCAGUCACUGGCAUCAACUUUGAAAAGUCAGCCACUUACUUUGACUCCUCUCUAGCCGUGGUGCGAAUGGCUGCUCUUCUUCCCAAGGCUAAGAUCAUUGUACUUCUGCGCGACCCCAUGCUGCGGGCACACUCUUGGUAUCAGCAUCAAAGAGCACACAAAGUGCCCGUAGCACUGAAUUUCACAUUCACCGAGGUGCUGAAUGCCAGUAGUUUGGAUGAAGCCAUGGCUAUCGCUACUGCCGCGGCGUCGUCUUCUUUCAACGCCAAACAUCUCGCGGCCCAGCUCUACCAACUGCAUCUGAAGUGUGUUGAGCCCAGUGUCUACGCAACGCAUUUUCGUCACUGGCUUCAUCACUAUCGCGCUAAUCGUAUCCUUCUGGUUGAUGUCGAACGGUUAGAAUCGGAUCCUGCCGAGGUGCUACGCGACGUGCAGGAAUUCCUAAAUGUCUCCACCUUCAUCGAUUACUCAAAACUGCUGGUGUGGAGUGAGAGAAAGGGCUACUAUUGCGCACGAGGUGGACCCUACCCUAAGGCGAGACAAUUGUUAAAACGUAAUGGAUUGUCGAGAGAUCAGUGGUGCCUAUCCGAGAGCAAAGGUCGUAGUUAUAAUCACUCCCUCCCCAGUGCCACGAACCGCUCUACUCCCUUCGCUGAGUCUAAUCGCCAGCUGGCCUCACUUAUUCUACAGUACCCAUUUUGGCGGCCCUCGCGCUCCCAUUCUGCCACCGAUCUUCUGCCCCGAUGGUUGCGCGACCUUUAA